ACGAGGCUCUGGAGAUUUUCGAAGUAGCCUGUGCUUCUUCCUGGAUGGACAGGGACAAGUAAAAUUUAUAGGGCGCCACUGAAGGUGUGGAGAACACAAACCCACCUGGCUUCAUGUCCCCUUACUGAAUGGCGUUUGCUACAGCAGCUCACUGAGCACUGUGUUCCUUGAGAUUCUGAACUUGCAACAAGGAAACCAGCCGGGGAAGAUGCUGAGUUCUAUCAAGUGUGUGCUGGUGGGAGACUCCGCUGUGGGGAAGACCUCUCUGUUGGUGCGCUUCACCUCAGAGACCUUCCCGGAAGCCUACAAGCCCACAGUGUAUGAGAACACAGGGGUGGACGUCUUCAUGGAUGGUAUUCAGAUCAGCCUGGGUCUCUGGGACACAGCUGGCAAUGACGCUUUCAGAAGCAUCCGCCCCCUGUCCUACCAGCAGGCAGAUGUGGUGCUAAUGUGCUACUCGGUGGCCAACCAGAACUCUUUCCAGAACUUGAAGAACAAGUGGAUUGGGGAAAUCAGGAGCAACUUGCCCUGCACUCCUGUGCUGGUGGUGGCCACCCAGACUGACCAGCGGGAGAUGGGGCCCCACCGGUCAUCCUGUGUCAGUGCCAUAGAUGGAAAGAGACUGGCCCAGGAAGUGAGAGCCAAGGGAUACCUUGAGUGUUCAGCUCUCAGUAACCGUGGGGUACAGCAGGUAUUUGAGUGUGCUGUCCGAACUGCUGUCAACCAAGCUAGGAGGCGCAACAGAAGACGGCUUUUCUCCAUGAAUGAGUGCAGCAUCUUCUAG